AUGCUAGCCAUAUUUGUAACUCAUCUGACAGAUGACUGGGAAUUGGCACUACCAGAGGCAGCUCAAAUAGUGAAUAUACAUGAAGGACUCUCAUCCCUUCUUGUCAUUGUGGUUUCACAACCCUCUGACUCCUACUUUGGUCUUUUCAACUUAAUUUUCUUCACCCAUACUGCAUGCUUUUAUUUCGCUGGACGAGAUGUCACAUUGAAAGCAUUUCGUGCUGAUCAACUAUGGAGAUCUAAUGAGGAUCCAAACCUUGAAGAGGAUCAAGAACUUGUACAGAUACGUCAAAAACUUAUAUGGGGAGUUAACUGGAUUUUAGGUAUAAUUGCAGCAACUUUAUGGUCCUCAGCAAAUGAAGUGUGGGAGACACUUGCAAUGGUAGCAGCAUUUUUUGUGUUCUUGCUAGGCAUCCGAUUCUAUGUACGCAAGGUUCCAUCUCCUAGCCCCAUUCUUUACGUUUUCAACGUUGUUAAAGCAGCAGUCUUAAAGAGACGUCUUGAUUAUCGAGUUUUUCCUAGUCAGUUGUUCAAGAAUGACAUUAUAAGUGACACACAGAUUCCUCCUCAUAUUUCAUUGCUCAGAUGGUUAGACAAAGCCGCGAUUUUGGAACUACCGCAGACUGAGCAAGCUGAAACUGCAGGCAGAUUUUUUGAGGUAGCAGCAAAGGUGAGGGAUGUGAAGCGUUUGAUAAGUAUGCUUCCUCUUAGGUUGACUUUUUUUGUAUACAGUCUCGUAGGGGCUACAGAAGGCACCUUCUUUUACUUACAAGCUGACUUCAUGGAAUCCCAUGUCCCAAUAGUAGUUUUUGUUAUCAUCAAGACCUCUACAAGCUCCAUUGUAGCAAUCCUAUGUGAAUUGAUCAAGAAAAAAGGACGUCCUCCACUGUAUAGAAUUGUACUUGGAAUGUUAUCUUCUUUUUUUUGUUGUCUAACUGCUUGGGGAGUCGAAGUUUACAGGCGUAGUGAAUUGGAACUAUGGGUGGACAACUAUAAUAAAGAGCACUACAAAACUAAAAUCAGUGUGUUUUGGCUAACACCUCAAUUCUUCUUGGUUGGCCUUAUGGAUGGACUUUCGUCGAGUGGACUCCAAGAUUUCUUCGAAACUCAAGUUUGUGAUUCAAUGAAAGGGUAUGGUCAAGAAUCCAGUGAAUUUGUCACUGGCAUUGUCAAAUUGUUUAGUGUGAUGAGAAUCCUCAUUUUCAGACCCUGGUUUAAGGAAGACGUAAACAAAAGUCGUCUGGACAAGUACUAUGCUAUGCUAAUGGUUCCUACUUUCCUUAACGUUUGCUUCUGCUGCUUUGUGAGCAACUGGUAUGCCAAUCAGCAGCCCCAUGUCAUCGUUGAAGUUGUUCGUGAAUCGAGGAAGAGGAAAGGUUUAUUUACUGAAUCGAAGAAGAAGAAGAAAUGA